AUGAAUACAUUGAAAUCUUUUUCAAGGUUGUUGAUGAGUAAAAGCCAAUACAAUACAUCAUCCUCUGCUCAUCAUCAUCUACACUGGUUGUUAGGAUUGGAAUGUAAAGGACAAUACAUGAUGAAAUUUCAUAAAAGAACACUGGCAACGUAUUCAAAGGAGAGUGUUGGACAUCAUCAUCACGGAACCUCUUGCUCAAAUGUACAUCGUGAAGAAAGCUCCGAAGUUGAAGAAGAAGCACCCAUUAUUAAAUUACAAAAACUUCAACAAGAACAGACAAGUCCAAAAUCAAAACCAACUCCCAUCGACAAUAUUGCCAAUAAGGUGAUUUAUGAUACGGUUGAUGUUUCAAAAAUUACUAAAGAAGAAUUUGAUGUGACCAUGUCCAAUCUACGAGAACAAUUACGAAAAAUUAAUCCUGAACAAUAUUCUCUUGCACUUCUUCAAAAAGAUGUGGAUAGUGUAAACAUUUGCACUAUAUUAUACUGCUUGAAUGCAGAAUGGGCCACUAUUAAGGAUCACACAAAGUCACAAACAACAGGAAGUCUUCGACUUGCAUGGUGGAAAGAUCAGCUAAAGAAUACUCUGGUUGGACAUCCACCACGAGUGCCGGCAUUGAUAGCUCUUGCCUACAUGCAAUCACAGGCAAAGCCUGAAAACAAACUAAAAUUUUCACAAUUCAGAAACAUUUUUAAGUGGAGAGAAAUAGACCUCCGCUGGAAACAACCAGCGACAUUGGCAGAUAUCGAAAAUUAUUCUGAUGGAGUGUAUGGAUCUUUGAUUAUGGCACACUUACAGGCUGUAGGCAAAAGAGACAUUCACACAGACCAUGUCGCCUCACAUAUAGGACGAUCAUAUGGAAUCUGUACAUUGCUAAGAGCUGUACCUCAUUUGAUUGAACAAGGUUCCACGUAUCUACCUGCUCAGUUAUGCGCUAAAUUUGGUGUCACAGAAGAUGAUAUCUACUCCAAACAUGUAUCACCAGCCCUUGAGGAAGUUGUUUUUAAAGUAGCUGACCUGGCCCACUCACAUUUAGAUUUGGCAAGAGAAUUGGCAGCUCUCAAAGAUGAAAAAUCUCAAAAACUACUUGUUGAUCCAAAAUCAUAUCCAUUAUUUAUGCAUUCAAUCAUUUGUGAGGUAUUUCUAGAACGUCUCCAAAAAGUGAAUUUCAAUAUUUUUGAUGAUCGACUAUCGGCUCAAAGUAUGCGGUUUCCAAUUCUGUUUAGACUUGGAAAGACCAAGUGGUUCGGAAAAUAUUAA